AUGAAAGGUUAUCUUGAGAGUCAAGUUCUUAUCAACAAUCAAUUCGAAAACACAAUGAAACGUCAUGGUGGUAAUGAUGAUUCUAAUCCAUCUGAUAACCACGAAAAUGUGAAGUCUGGAAAACGACAACGCCCUGAUAGUUAUCAAGAAGCUUUAGCAGCUGGCAAAUAUGAACUGAGACUUUUGGUUUCUAGUCGUGGAGCUGGUGGGAUUAUUGGUAAAGGCGGCGAAAAUAUCAAACGAUUGAGAUCAGAGUACGAUGCGAAUGUCACGGUCCCCGAUAGCCAAACUCCUGAACGGAUUGCCACCAUUGUUGCGACAAUUGAUAAUGUUCUAGCAGUUGUUUCCGAAGUCAUCCCCAAACUUGACGAAAGCCGAGAAAGCGAUUCGAAUCAUCUCAUAGAACUUCGAGUAUUGGUACAUUCAUCACAUGCUGGCGCUGUUAUUGGACGUCAGGGUUCGAAAAUAAAGGAAAUGAAAGAGGAACUGGGUGUUCAGAUGAAAGUGUUUGCACAGUGUCCACCUCAAUCUACAGAACGUGUAGUAUCUAUUAAAGGAACGCCUGAAAAAAUUAGAGCGUGUGUGAGCCAUAUCAUUGACAUGCUUAAAGUGAUUCCUAUCAAAGGAGUGACGAAACCAUAUGAGUCAAUGUUCUAUGAUCCUAGCUAUUCAUCUCAGUAUGGUGGUUACCCGCCAGAUCGUAAUUACCGUGGACCUAUGGUUCGUCCGUCGAUGACAGUAGCUUCUUAUGGAAACUUUAGUUGCAAUUUUUCUCGACCUAUUGGACGAGGUCCUUUAUCAGCUGUUGGGAUACCACCAUUUAUGUGCCCCGAGGAAAGCACUCAGGUAACGAUACCGAAUGAGCUUGGUGGUACUAUAAUUGGUAAAGGUGGUGAACGAAUCAAUCGAGUUCGUGAAGAAUCAGGUGCACACAUCGUUGUUGGACCACAACAGGAAUCUGGCGAGCGUAUCAUAACAAUUAUUGGUACUACGACAGCUAUACAAACAGCUCAGUAUUUACUGCAACAAUGGUUUGUACAUAUUCUAAUAUUUAUUUACAUAUAUUAUUUAUGUGACAAUCAAAUAGUUCAUUAG